ACGCGCGUCAAAAGUCUCCGUGUAACACGUCGGCAUCAACAGAUCUCUUGAACCUACCUACUACAACAUUGCUCACACACGGUUUGUAACACCACCACACACAAACUCAGUCGAGGGCAACCCAAAACACAACUGCCGAUCGACGCGCCGUCACCCACCCACCCACGACCACCACCAUCAACCUCGAGCAAGCUAGCAUUCCUCACACCGGCAGCGACCACUACCGCACCCCCCUUCAUGGGAGAUUUCGCCGAAAUGGUUAGGCGUAUUAUCCCCUUACCAAAGCGCUCGUUGCGCUCAAUCAUCGCGCUCGUGCUCUUCAUCCUCACGCCCAUCAUCCUCAUCCACCGGCUGGCCAGUGGCGUCGGCGCCUCUGGCACGCGGCACGCGCUGUCGCUGCCCGAGAUCGUAUUGUCCCUGCAGCGGAGGAUCAACUCGCAGCCGAUCCCGGGAACCGGCGCGCACCAGUGGCGAAAGAAGACGCAAAACGUCUUCCACGCCGACACGUCAAACAGCGACGAGGAUGACCGCCCAGCCAAGAAGCCGAGCAAGGCCCCCAUGCCCCCCACCAAGUCGGACCACAAGUACCUCCGCAACGGCCUGCUCGUGCCCAACCCGCACGCCCAGCACCCGAUCUACGACCUUAUCACGCGCAGCAACCAGGCCUGGGAGACCAAGCUCGAGCGCGCCAGCAAAACUCUCGACCAGGCAGUCAAGGAGUACCGCCGCCGGUAUGGGCGCAACCCGCCGCGCGGCUUCGACAAGUGGUGGGCUUGGGCGCAGAAGCACAACAUCAAGCUCCCAGACGAGUACGACCAGAUUCACGAGGACCUCGAGCCGUACUGGGCCAUCUCGCCCGCCGAGCUCCGCAAACUCCGCACCGAGGCCUCAGAGCUCGAGGGAACGUACACCAUCACGUGUCGCGCGUCGCGGUCCAAGGCUGGGCGCCACGCGUGCAAGUACACGCUCAACGAGAAGGGGCUCGACAAGGACCCGGGCCACCGCGGUAACAUGGUCAUGCGCGCCGACGCGCGUCUGGGCUUGGUAACCGAGGUUGAGGAGCUGCUCGAGGACGUCGACGCCGUGUUCUACAGCCACGACGUGCCAUGGCAGUUUGUGGGCCACGACUUUAAGGAGAGUCUGAGAGAAUCGGCGUCGCUCGGAGAAUACUUUGACUUUUCCCAACAACUCGACCAGGCGCACCUCGGCUGGGCGUCGGCCUGCGCGCCCCACCACCCCCUGCGCAAGGACUACAAGUCUGACAAGUUGCCCGACCUCGAGGGAAUGUGGCAUGGUGCCAAGUCGUUUGUGUGGGACCACAAGGCGACAAUGGACCCAUGCCAACACCCGACACUUGUGCACCUGAACGGCUUCCUCGCAGCGCACGGCAAGGGACCGGGGCCGUCCAAGAAGAUGUACCCCAUCAUCGCCAUGUGCAAGACGAUGCUCCACUCGGAUGUGCUCGCUGUCGCCGAGGAGAACUGGAUGGAGGACGUUGGCGUCGACCCAGAGUGGGACGAGAAGAAGCACGACUCGCUUCUCUGGCGCGGCAAGACGACUGGUAUCCUGUUCCGCGAGGACAAUCCAUGGAACAUUUCGCAGCGCAUGAACCUCCUCAACAUCACGGCGCGCGAUAACGGCACGCUGCCCGUGCUCAAGCUCACCUCGAGGGGCGAGGCUGUCGGUCACCCUGUGCAGAAGGACCUGUCCAAGCUCAACGACCAGCUCAUGGACGUGGCCUUUGUGGACACGCCUAUCCAGUGCGAGCCCAAGGCACUCUGCGACCAGAUCUCCAAGGAGUACAAGUUUGGGGACCGCAUGACCUGGGUGGCUGCGAACGAGUUCAAGUACCAGCUCGACAUUGACGGCAACGGCUGGUCGGCGCGCUUCAAGCGCCUAAUGACGACCAACAGCGCAAUCGUCAAGUCGACCAUCUUCCCAGAAUGGUAUUCUGAUCGGAUCCAGCCCUGGGUGCACUACAUCCCCGUCAAGGCCGACCUCACCGACCUGUACGACGUCAUGUCCUUCUUCCACGACGGGCACGACGACCUCGCCAAGAAGAUUGCGUCGGCCGGCAAGCAGUGGAGCACGACGUUCUACCGGCGCGACGACAUGAUUUCGUACGAGUUCAGACUGCUGCUCGAGCUCGCGCGUCUGACCGCGCCGGACCGCGAAAAGGCGUCGUACGUCCACAAGAUGGCAAAGGCAAAGGCGUAGGAUGUUGUAUUGGAGAUCAUUUAGGGCAUAGACUAUAGAUCAUUGGUGCAUGGUAUGUGAAUAACUGGCAUUG